UUAAUGUUUUAAACUUUGCUGUUGUGAGGUUUAUUGGUGGUUUAUCUCUGAUUGAAUUCUUAAAUCACAACCAAAUAAUUAUAAUGGAGACCAAAAACGAUGAAAGCACGUCUUCGGAAAAAACUAUAUUUGAUGCUAUCGCUCAGGGAGACUUGACUGAAUUUUCAAAUAUUUUGACUCAACACAAAGGCGACGUAAAUUUCUUUGACGAAAAUGGUAUGACUGCUUUACAACACGCGGCCUAUAAAGGGAACAAGGAUAUGGUGCAAUUACUGCUCGAUAGGGGAGCGGACGUGAAUUCUGGAAAGCACGAGUAUAACUACACAGCGUUACACUUUGGUGCUCUGUCUGGUAGCUCCGAAGUAUGCAAACUGCUACUCGAUGCUGGGGCCAAACCUACAGCCACAAAUUCGGUGGGGCGCACCUCUGCGCAGAUGGCGGCAUUUGUCGGAAAUCAUCACACAGUUGCAACUAUCAACAACUACAUACCUCGUAGUGAAAUUGAAUAUUAUUCUAUCCCACAAGGACUCCAACAAGAACCUUAUCUACCUCCAAUCUUAGUAGAUCCAGUUCAUAAAUUUGUACUAGGAGUAAAUAUUCAUCCUGUAAGAUUAGCUUUGAAUUUGCAACAUGCUCCUGCUUUGUUAGAAAAUGCUGACAAAGCGAGCAAGACUUUAGAAAUGCUGAGCAAACGCGAGAUGACAAGAGGCAGUGAAACCAAUGAAGUGAUGGCUUUCAAGUACCAUUAUUUAUCAUAUAUCCUACGAGAAAUACACAACAUCAAAGAUAAACAGAAACCAUCAGAGAAGGAAGAAAAGAAGCAUGAUGUUGUUGAAAUAUUUGCUAAAAAACUCUUGAAGCCAGGUAAAGAUGGUGUUUCCCUUGACCUCAUGGAUUCCUUCCUUAAAGACUGUGUGAGGGAAUUCCCAUUCAGGGAGUGCACAACAUUCCAUCAAAUGGUCACAGCCUUGACAAGUAAAGAUCCACCGACAGCCUUGUCAGUUAUAAACUGUACCAUUAAUGGGCAGAGAGGGUUUUUGGAUGCCAUACCAUACUGCAGUUCUUGUGGUGAAGAGAAGCCCGCAAAGAAAUGUUCCAAGUGUAAAUCAGUACAAUAUUGUGAUAGGGAGUGUCAGAGAUUGCACUGGUUUGUGCACAAAAAAGCCUGCAACAGAGAGUCCAGUGCUCCGGCACCAACUGUUAAUUCCAAAAUAAAUAUUGACGCCAAUGAAUUGAGUUCGGAGCUUCAAAAUCUUAUAGCUGGCUGAAAUUGAGAUAGUUCAAUUCUAAUUCCUGCAUAAAUAUCUAUUUAAUGAAUAAAUGUUUAACAGUCUAUGUGUUGUGUUCCAAAAACGCUUUAAAUGUGUUUGGACAUUGAGUUGUUUAUGUUUUGUUACCAUACCACAUUUAACAUUAGAUCUUUGAUGUUUUCAUAAUCUUUUCAUUUCUAUGUAGUGUAAAUCAGUGUAUUUAUGUAAUAUUUUUAUGUAAAGUUUUUUUCUGGAACAUGUGAACAUUUCAUUAU